AUGGUGUUAAUUACCACUGUCACUUACAGAUACAAUAUUAAUGGUGGCCACUCCAAGUUGAUGAAAGCUGAAAGGGGCAUAAGACAGGGUGAUCCCAUAUCACCUUAUCUUUUUGUUAUUGUUAUGGAAUACAUGAGCAUGCUGCUUCACCAGAUGCAAUUGAACCCAAACUAUAACCAUCAUUCUAAAUGUGUACUCUCUGAUUCCACAGGUCUUGUUGUAAACCCCUCGAAAUUCCAAGUCUAUAUGGGAGCUAUUAAUGAGAUUACUAAGCAACAGAUCCUCAAUGUGACUGGUUUUAAGGAAGGGAAGCUACCCUUCAGGUAUCUUGGAGUGCCCUUAACCUGUAAGAAGCUAUCAGUGGCUCAUUACCUUCCCCUCAUUGAUAAAAUUCUAAACAGGCUGCAACACUGGAGCUCAAGACUUCUGAGUCAUGCAUGCAGGAUGCAAUUGGUGAAAGCUGUGGGAUUUGCAAUAGCUAACUAUUGGCUGCAAUAUUUUCCCAUACCAAAAAGUGUACUUCAGAAAAUCCAGAGUGCUUGUAAAACAUUUAUAUGGACUGGUGGCACUUCUCCUAGCAGGAAAAGUUCCGUUUCUUGGAAGACUAUGUGUAAGCCCCGAGUCAAGGGUGGACUGAAUAUUCUGGACCUGGACAGUUGGAACACAAUAACCAUGAUGAAACUAUUGUGGGAUCUGAGAAAGAAAACCGUCUGCCUCUGGGUGAAAUGGAUGAGUAUGUAUUUCUUAAAAGGUAAGGACCCCAUGAGUAUGGUUGCAAACAACAAUUCUUCAUGGAUAAGCAAAGGAAUCCUAAAUGCUAGGCAUGUUAUCCCUGAGGUGCAGAGUUGUUGGGACAAGAGCAUAAAUGGCAACAAGUUCAGAAUGGGGGAAUUCUACAAAGGACUGAUGAGUCAGGCUACUAAUGUGGAUUUGCGCAGUAUUCUUGAGGGUAACAUAGCCAGGCCUCGAGCUGUUUUUUAUCUAUGGCUUGCUUGUCAUAAAAGACUAGCUACAAAGACUAGGCUGAAGAAAUUUGGGGUGGUGAUAGACUCCAAAUGUUGUUUCUUCCAGGAAGAAGAAACCUUAGACCACCUUCUCUUUGGUUGUGAGCCCAUGAAGUACAUAUGGACUAAAGUGUUGCAGUGGAUUCAUGUGGACAGACACCCCCGAUAG